AUGUGGAUUGAUCCAAUGAAUCCAUGUAGUUCACCAUUGGAUCGACGGAGUUCUGAGUCAAGUCGUGGAAGUGCCUCGACACCGAUGGAUCUCGGAUCAGGACACAGUGAUGUCAUCGUGCCAAGCACUGAGAAAGAAGGCUGGUGUCGAAACAAGAAGUACAUCGAGAAAGUCGACGCCGGUUACAUGUGCACUGUGUGCAAGAAAGUUUAUGGUCGUUACAAUUCUGUUUCCUAUCACGUGACGAUCUAUCACCGGAAUCCGCCAAUUCGAUGCGAGCAACCUGGAUGCACAUUCACGACUCGAGAGGCUCGAUAUAUUCACUUUCAUAAAUACUAUCGACAUCAUAUUCCAUUGCCAGAUAAUAUUGAUCUUGGCUCUCGAAAGUGUCCUUUCUGUCGUCACGUGAGUAAGAGUCCAGCAAUGUUGGAAAAACACAUCGCCAGACACGUUCCCGGGGAUCGAACGGCACGUUCCUCUCCAGCUUCCACUCACGCCUCUCCGCCAGCUAUUCCCUCUCCGAGUGCUCUUUGCACUCCCACUCUCUCAUCGAUGCCUUCAAUGCCAUUGAGUGUGCCGGCGCUUCUCCCGCAAUUCCCCGGAUUCACCCCGAAUGUACAAUUCUUGCAAUUCCCUGUCAAUCCAUCGAUUCCCACAACGACCACAUCGAAUAGCUAUUUGUCAGCGAUGCCGACAAUCGCCUGUAAUCAAUGUGAUUUCAGGACAAACUCGGUGCUAUCUCUGAGUCAACACCUUUCCAUCUCCCACGCAUCAAUGACAUUUACAAGAUGUACCCUUUGUGAUUUUGAAUCAUCCGAUGCCAACACUCUUCUCAAUCACAUUUCUGAAAAGCAUCAA